AUGACAAUGAAUUAUAGGCAAGAGAAAAAGUAUAAUGUAGUAGAAUUUUUAAAGAAGGAUUGUAAAGAAUGGUUGAAUAAUUCAGAUAGUAACAGCAGUGAAUAUAUUGGGAAUCGUCCGAUACGAUUGAAAACAUUGCCUGAAGCUCAUGGCAAAGAGAUAAAUAAAGUUAUAGCAGAUUUAAAAGCCGCGUUACCCGAGCUAAGCCCUAUCGAAGUGAGAAGAUUUCAUAUGCCCUAUCACGAGGCGAUUCUUCUCGAACUUGAAGAACAAGGUUAUCAGGAAGCAUUUUAUUACAUCAAAGAACUUCUAGAGAUGGAUGAAAAAAUUGCAAAUAAGACACCUGGAAUGGUAAUGUGGAAAAAAGCGUAUUUGAAAAAUCAAAAUGAUUUUAUAAAUUGUCUGAAAGAUGGAUUGGUCACGUCUGAAAUGGGCAAGAGGAAGGGUGACUAUGUUACACAAGCUAUAUCACUACUAGACACUGCUCUACUCUUUCAAUCGAAGACGUGGGAAUGGUGGUGGGUAACCGAACGUCUCUAUCAAACUGCACUUUCGGCUGCAGAAUUGAUUAAGCAUGAUAAUGGUCAAACAAUCACACUGAUACGCUACUUGUACGGUCGAUUUCUCUUUCACGAACUGCAGAAUCCAAAGGAAGCUUUAGAGUAUCUAAAUAAGGCGCGAGAAGUUUCGGAAAAUCAAAUAUGGAACGCGUCGAAAAAACUGGGAGUAAAGCAAAAUUCCAUUUUCAAAGAGACAAACGUUCUUCUCUAUAAAGCUUUGUUAAUUCUCGCCCGCAAGGAACGUACUGAGAAGCCUAAUUUUGCUCUGAACGCCUGUAUCGAAGCACUGGAAAGGGCUAACAAUGCUGAGAACGCUGAGUAUGUGAAUGAAACCCUUUACGAGCUUGGAAAAUCUUACGUCGCGGUGGGUGAUAUUAAAAUGGCGCUACAAAGUUUUUCAAAGUUGUUAGCCAUCGCGAAGAGGAUUUCUGACAUCGAGGGUAUUUGCAACGCACACAUGGAAUUAGCUUUUGCAUAUAAACAAUUGAACGAGAAUGAUCAUACGGAAAAACAUUUGCGAAUGUGCAGAGAAAAUGCUGAAGAUUUCGGAUUGAUCCAGAAACUCGCUGACGCGCAUUAUUAUACUGGCGAACAUUAUUUAAGUCAGGGAAAAUUGCAUCUGUCUACCGUUCACUUGGAAACUGCUCUCAGUCUAUACAAUAGGCUUGACCUCUCUUGUGACGCUGACCGCGCAAGAAGUAUUGCAGGAAUUUCUAAAGGGCAAGAGAGGAUUGACAAGUAUAUUCAUUUACUGUUGCGAUGUGGCCAGUACGAUAAAAACGCAACGUUGAAACUCUGUCGAUGGAAAAGUCGCAGAGAGCCCUUUUGGACUGAGGAAACGAAUGUUUCAGACGUCACAUCCGACAUGGAAAUUCAAUAUGAAAAUUCAGACACACUGUCAUCAUCGCUAUCCUAUGCAAUGGAUAAUGAUCGAUCAAUGUCACGACCUUAA